AUGGAUGACAUGCCGAGACCUCGGAAGAAGCAGCGUCGCUUUGGCGUACGGACCAAGACGUUUUCUGGCUGCAUGACCUGCAGAUCCAGGCACGUAAAGUGUGAUGAACAGCGGCCCUCAUGUCAACGAUGCUUGAAUUCGCGGAUUCAGUGUUCCGGGUAUCCGGGUUACCGCGCCAGACUGUUGUGGAGGUCUCUUACCCUUUCCGACUUUGAAGGAUCGCCGUGUUUGCCCGAAACAAACGAUGCCCAGCCAGAACAUGGUGUGACCGGAAGAGAGCACUUAGACUCCGCGUCCAUUGACGUUCAACCACCAUCGUCAGAGCAAAGCUAUAGGUCGCGGUCAUUUUCCAGAACUUCUGGCUCACCUAGCCUCGGCAUAUCAAGUCAACAAGUCGAUACGAGCGUUUUGUCUCGUGGACAACAGAGCGAUUCACCCUCUCGUCUCCCUUCGCCAUCACUCUCUCCUGGGCCCCCCUUAGGACCAGCAACAGGAUCCCAAGGUGUGCUGAGGCCAAUUGAGUCUGGUUGCGCGGAUAGUCCGUCCCAGAGUGUUGCAAGCUGCCGCACACAGGGCCCUUCUCCCUCAUCCGCCUCCUCACCUGUCUACGCUGGCCACGGAAGUGUAGAUCGGCGGACUGUUCAUACCCCACGGCACAUCGAUUUGCUGUCUAGCUUGCAUCAUCAACGCCAAUUGAUCGAGCACUGGGUUGACCAUUUGAGCGAUGCUUUGAUGCCUAUUCCCGGACCUUCAAAUCCCCUGAAGAGCAUUUUUGUGCCGAUAGCCAACGCAGGUGCGCUAUGUCCUGCAACGGAAUCCUCGGGGUCUGUUGCUCUCUUCUACCUCAUAUGCUCAGCUGCUGCUUUCCACAUCUCGGCCAAUUCAGAGGAUGUGAGACGACAGUCUGACUUCAUGACACUGGCCCUGUCCCAUCAUAACCAGGGCAUUCACCAUCUGCAGCAUAACUUGUCAAGGGAUGACCCAUGCCAACGAGAGUCUGUAUUGGCAUCGCUGCUCAUGUGCCUGACUUACGAGCCAGUCACAGUUGGGCCAGACUUUUGGCAGAAUCACCUACGAGGAGCCGCACGAUGGCUCCAGAAAAGUUCAGUUGAAGAUUUGACGCAGACUGAAACAGCAACUAUCCUAUAUCAGACUCUAACAGGCACAGCAAUGUUCCUUCGAUCACAGAUUCUCCUACCGGAGCUUUCACAUAACGAAAGUCUCUGUUUUGACCUUAGGGCAAUGCCAGGGACAUAUUAUCUGUAUCACAUCUUCGGACUCUGCAGAGAGACCCUAGAAUUGAUUAGUGAUGAAAUCAUGACCGCAGUGCGACUUCGCAAUGGCCAAGGAAGAGAACCAUCACAAUCUGUUGGGGAUUCAGCUUCAGAUUUUGACCGAAUGGAGAUGCAGCUGUACCUUGCCAUGCCGCGUGACUUGAGGGGCAUCAGUGAGACACAUACGGGAGGCGAUUUGGCCCGUGAAUAUUCUUGGAUUUUCUAUUACGCUUCCAUAAUCUACUUCAAGCGCACUGUUAGGAACACGCCACCAGAGGAGGUACAAUCACUGGUUGAACAAUCAUUAACCCACAUUGAGUCCCUACGGCAUUGUACUUCGCGUCCAUUCUCCCCCUUUGUUUGGCCCGUCGCAAUUGCGUUCUUGGAGGCCCAACAUGACGCGCUGCAAAGGAGGGCAUUACUUUGGCUCGAUUUCAUCAUCGCACGGUCCACGCUCUCGGCAUGGCGAAGGGCGAAGCCUCUCAUUUGUUCGUUCUGGGCGGAACGGAAGAUUCCUGGUAAAGGAAACAUGCAAUGGGAAACGUUCCUAAGCGAUCCAUCAAAUCCAAGUAUUAUGAUGGUCUGA